GCUCCAGCUGCUUUCACCUCUCCAUCUCGUCCGGCUCCAGACCGUCUUCAGAGGAAACAACUUCUCUCUCAAGUUUAAAAGACUUUUCCUCCUUCAGCAACAAGCUCAGUUUUAGCUUCCAGUCAUCAACAACAUGUCUGCGACAGCACCAAUCGCCGUUGUUGGUGGAAAUGGAGGAACCCCAUUUAUUUACUGGCCUGGACAAACUGGAUCAGUGCUGAAACAGCUGGAUGUGUGGGUCGGAGAGCAUCAAGUGGGUUGUAUAAAGAUCACCAUGAAUGACGGGUCUGGGAAGACAUUUGGCCAAACCCAUAAUGAACAUUCGUCUUUUUCUUUUGAUAAAGACGAAUACUUUUCCUCACUCACUCUUUGGUCCAACAAUGCUGGAGAUCAUCUGGGGGGAAUUAGAUUGAAAACCACGAAUGGCCGACCGUUUCAGGUUUUCCCAACUGGUGGGAAGCCUCAACCGGCACCAACAGAAGUAGAUGUUGGAUCUGGAAAUUGUUUUGGAGUUCUGGGGAGAGCAGGAUCUGAAAUUGAUGCAUUUGGGUUCAUGUUCAUCAAAAAUACUUAGGAAACUCGUUGCAGAGGGCUAGUUGAUAAAAACCCUCUGGGUUCAGCUUCU